UAAAUUAAAGCAACUUCAGCUGGAAUUCAUCAGUAAGUUUUUUUUUUUGAAUAAUAUUUUAGUAAAAAUUCACGAUAAACAAAAUGUUCGUUAAGUUGUUCGCCUUAUUUUUCAUCGGAUUUUUUCUUUCUGAGAACCUGAUUGUAAACGCAGGUGAAGUAGAUCCAUCUGAAAAGAAAGUCGGUGAAAAGGCUCAAUUGUGGGGAGGUAGUAUUAAAACCAAUAAAGCAUCGUCCGCUGAACCCGCUGAGCCUUCAACACCUGUUGUGGUACCACCAAAGGACAAAGAUGUCUCUGAGCUUCCAGUUGGAUUGAAGGCUGCACAAUGGGGUGGCCGUUUGAACCACCUAGGUCAAAAUCAGCCACCAAAAGAGAAAGAUUCGUCUGCUCUUCCAAUCGCCGAGAAGAUGAAAUUGUUCGGAGGAAGCUUUAAGAAGGACAAAGAUCCAAGUUUGUUAUCAGUCGAACAAAAGGCCAGCAAAUUUGGAGGCUCCAUCGUCAAGAAACAAAAACAUCCAGCCCCACAAAAAUAAUAAUGACAUUUUCUACAGCCACGUCAAUUACUUAUAAAUAUAAAUAAUAUCAUUCUGUAAGUGUGACGCAGGUUUCUUUUUUGUGCUUCAGCAAAAUUCGAAAAUCCGAAUAAAUUAUAACAAAUUUCAAAGUAUAA